AAGACGUUUUUCUUAUUCAUUUAUUUUCAGGCGGCGAUAGAUUCUUAUGUUAACGUAGACUGGGACGAGUACCAUGUUGGUAAGACGCUGGUUCGGCCGAAGACCAACGAACCACGUUGGAACGAAGAAUUCGUCGCGAACGACGUGCACUCUGGUAAAGCUGUCGGUUUCACCGUCUUUCAUAAUUGUGUGAUGCCACCAGAUGAUUUUGUGGCUAACACUAGGAUACCAUUCGACGAUCUCAAAAUAGGCAGCACUAAUGAUAUCUGGGUGGACCUCGAACCGCACGGGCAACUUCACGUGGUAAUUGAACUUCACGGCUCGUCAGUUGAAGGUAUGCCUCUUCUUCCAAAUUAG